AUGGUUGCUCUGGCAGUGGACACCGCAGCUGCCGGAUACGGUGCGUUGGUGUUCUGCGGUAGUCGUCAAGGUUGUCAAAUCCAUGCCUCUACCAUUAGUGAGGCAAUGCCAGCGCAGUCUGCCGUUGACCCGGAAGAGCUUGUGAAACGAUUAGAUUUACUUGCUGAAUUACGAAGCCUCCCUAGUGGGCUUGAUCCUGUCCUCGAGACAACGCUUGUCAAGGGCGUGGGAUUCCAUCAUGCGGGGAUGACCACGGAGGAGCGGGAGCUGAUUGCCCAGGCUUACGACCAGGGGGCGCUAAAAGUACUUGUGGCUACUUGUAGCCUCGCCGCAGGCGUGAAUUUGCCUGCGAGGAGAGUCAUCAUUAACGGGGCUCGCAUGGGGCGAGAACUGGUUGGACCAGCGAUGCUUCGUCAAAUGUGUGGUCGAGCCGGCCGCAAGGGGAAGGAUGAGGUCGGCGAGACGUACUUGAUAUGUGGCAAAUCCGAUCUUCAAGCCGUCUGCGAUCUCUUAGAGGCUGAUAUGCCGGCAAUAGAGAGCUGUCUCGCGCCGGAAAAGCGGGGUCUCAAAAGAGCGCUCCUAGAAGCCAUUGCCACGGGCCUUGUAUCAGGCUAUGAUGCGAUCAAGGAAUAUGUGAAAUGUACCCUGCUCUACCGAACGAUGGAUAAGAAAAUCGCGUACAGCAUCAUGCACUCGGCACUCGAAGAAUUAAUCAACGAGAAGCUCCUUCGGCAAAACGACGACGAGUCGUAUGGGGCCACUCAGCUUGGCCAGGCAGUUGUCGCCUCUGCAUUUGCGCCUGAGGACGGCCUGUUCGUACACGAAGAGCUGAGUCGAGCCCUUCAGGCCUUUGUGAUGGAUGGGGAAAUGCACAUAUUUUACAUGUUUACCCCUCUCCAGAUGGCGAUGAAUACCCAGAUCGAUUGGCUAGUGUUUCGGGAUCAGCUCGACGAACUCGACGAAAGCGGUUUGCGCGCCUUACAAUUCGUCGGGGUACAGCCGGGUUUUGUGAAUACAAUGGUCCAGAGCGGUGCAUCCCUAAAGGAGAGUACCCCCGAACAGGUGAAAUUAGCUCGGAUUUAUCGUCGUGCGUACACAGCUUUCCAACUACGCGACUUAAGCAACGAAGUGCCGCUAUCCGUCAUUGCGAAUCGCUACCGUAUCCCCCGCGGGGCGAUCCAGACGUUAGCGCAGCAAUGUCAUGGGUUCGCGGCAGGCAUGGUGAAAUUUUGUCAACGCAUGGGUUGGGGCAUGCUCGCCGCCGUGUUGGAUCAUAUGCGGGACCGGCUCGAGGCCGGUGCUCGCGCCGACUUGCUGGAAAUGGCGCAGGUGACUUAUGUCAAAGGGUGGACAGCAAGGCUUCUCCGUGAAAAUGGUUUUCGGAACUUAAGAGCGCUAGCCGAGGCUGACGCAAAAGACCUGGUUCCGGUGCUGAUGAUGGCGAACCCAGUCAAAGCACAGAAAAACCAGUUGGACCCUGCGGAUGCUGAACGCUAUUCCAAAAAGCUACUCGCCAAAGCGGAGAUUAUUGUCGCAUCGGCCAACAAGAUAUGGGAACGAGAAAUGCAACUCGAGCUGGAUGAGUAG